AUGGAGAAGGUCAAAGAAGCGAUGAGCGCAAAGUUUCAAGGAGAUGCACCAAUAGCCAAGAUUGAUUUUUUUGCUGUCUUCCGGGCCUGUAUCAAAAUUCUGGAAGACCUCUGCACUCACCUCGGUCACAACACUAGGGGUGAUGCGCGGCUCGGGUUUGAAUUGGUGGACAGUCUACUAAAGCAGCUUACCGAGUACGAGAGAGAUGCUAAGCUAGCUCACAAGUUGCCUCCAAUUUUGCUACUGAAAAAGGCGGUGCUGCCUUUGAAUCCUUUGAUGAGACGAAGCCUUUGA